UUUUCAGCUGUGGUCCAUGCUUACUUUAUCGAAGGUGCAGGCUUUGUAGUGUGUCUAAAUUUUUGCUAACCUUCCUCCUAUAUACCCAGGCGAUAUUAACUUGUGUUCAGAUGUUAUCUUUUGAGCGCUGUAUGAGUGGUUACUGACAGCUGGAAGGUAAUGUCAUGCAGGACACAGAAGCAGGAAGCUAGGUAAUCUAGUGUAAAUGUAUGUUACUCACUGCUUCAGUUCAGGCCUGGUCACUUAGACUUAACAAAACAGGAAGCUACUGUCAGUUCAGCUUGAUGAGUUGGUUAGUUUCACUAUUCGAAUGGUGUUAGAUCAGUACCAGGCUGGCGAACUAACUUUUUGGGUUGGAGGAGGGUAAGCUUUUUUUGGUGGGGUGUUUUUUCAUUUGUGUGUGUGUUUGGUUGUUUUUAUUGUAAUAAAAAAAUAACACAAUUUGUAUUUCCCUUUCGAAACGAAAAGAGUGAGUAGAGUUACUUAAGGUUUUCAUCAGUUCUAACUGGAAUAUUCACUCGACAUUGAGGUCUUGCUUCCUGUCGCAUACUUGUGCAUAGCACUGCUUAGUGUUUUAGGGCUGCUUUGCUGUGUCCCAGAAGUGGGAGAAUUUCAAGAAUCAGCAAAGCACUUGAUAUGAUUCAUGCUUAUGUUGGGGGUGGGGUGGGGUGUGUGCAGGUAGUAUUUUUCAAGCAGCUACUAACUGGAAGGCUGCCGAAAGUACAGCUGUUGAGGACAUAAUCUUUGGUGACUGAAGGUGGUGGGUGCAGCUUUACGGAAAGCGAGUGUCUUGGAAGUUGUCCCCGAGAAAACAGAAAAGCAAAUGCUGCUGCUGCUGCCCGGAGGAAGUGAUUCUUAAGAUACAAAGGUAAACUGAUGUGCUUUCCAUAGCUAAACCCCCAGAUACUAAUUGUCACCAUCUGCUUCUCUUUCAGAUUGAACCAAGUGAAUUCUGAUAUAACUCAACUUUGUUAGAGGGCUUUUUUUUUUUUAAAAAAGUUGAUCCACAGUGCAUCAGAGCAAGUUACUACUUUACUUUUGAGUGACUUACAGGUGCUUGCCUGCAUUGCAAUAAAGGACUCAUAUAUUGAGCAAGACUUAUUUAUCUCUUCGUUUUGGAGAGUCUAAUAAACUGUUAUUACAGUUUCUGUACUGACUUUCAAAGUUUUGAAGUCUAAAAAGACAUCUUUAAAACUAAAAACAUGAGCACGGCCAGAACAGAGAACCCUGUUAUAAUGGGUCUAUCCAGUCAGAAUGGGCAGUUGAGAGGCCCUGUAAAACCCAGCGGGGGCCCAGGAGGUGGAGGCACACAAACUCAGCAACAGAUGAACCAGCUGAAAAAUGCCAACACAAUCAAUAACGGCACCCAACAGCAAGCACAGAUUAUGACCACCGCUAUUAAACCUGGUGAUGACUGGAAGAAGACUUUAAAACUCCCUCCAAAGGAUUUGAGAAUCAAAACUUCGGACGUGACCUCCACAAAAGGAAACGAGUUUGAAGAUUACUGUUUGAAACGGGAGUUGCUGAUGGGAAUUUUUGAAAUGGGCUGGGAAAAACCAUCUCCUAUUCAGGAGGAGAGCAUCCCCAUUGCUUUAUCUGGUAGGGAUAUCUUGGCUAGAGCGAAAAAUGGAACAGGCAAGAGUGGAGCCUACCUCAUUCCUUUACUUGAACGGCUAGACUUAAAGAAGGACAAUAUACAAGCAAUGGUGAUCGUUCCCACCCGUGAACUAGCCCUGCAGGUCAGUCAAAUCUGUAUCCAAGUCAGCAAACACAUGGGAGGUGCCAAAGUGAUGGCAACAACAGGAGGAACCAAUCUGCGAGAUGACAUAAUGAGGCUUGAUGAUACAGUGCAUGUGGUGAUAGCUACCCCUGGGAGAAUUCUCGAUCUCAUCAAGAAAGGAGUAGCAAAAGUUGAGCAUGUCCAGAUGAUAGUAUUGGAUGAGGCAGAUAAGUUGCUGUCUCAAGAUUUUGUUCAAAUAAUGGAAGACAUUAUUCUCACGCUCCCUAAAAACAGACAGAUUUUGCUCUACUCAGCCACUUUCCCUUUGAGUGUACAGAAGUUCAUGAAUUCCCAUUUGCAGAAACCCUACGAGAUUAAUCUGAUGGAGGAGCUGACCUUGAAGGGAGUUACCCAGUACUAUGCCUAUGUAACUGAGCGUCAGAAAGUACACUGCCUAAAUACGCUGUUCUCCAGGCUCCAGAUUAACCAGUCGAUCAUUUUCUGCAACUCCUCUCAACGAGUUGAAUUGCUAGCCAAAAAGAUCUCCCAGCUGGGCUAUUCCUGCUUCUAUAUCCAUGCUAAAAUGAGGCAGGAGCACCGCAAUCGUGUGUUCCAUGAUUUCCGAAAUGGCUUAUGCCGCAAUCUUGUUUGCACUGAUCUGUUUACCCGAGGUAUUGAUAUCCAGGCUGUGAAUGUGGUGAUAAACUUUGAUUUCCCAAAGCUGGCAGAGACUUAUCUCCAUCGUAUUGGCAGAUCAGGUCGCUUUGGUCAUCUUGGCCUGGCCAUCAACUUGAUCACCUAUGAUGAUCGAUUCAACCUGAAAAGUAUUGAGGAGCAGUUGGGAACUGAAAUUAAGCCCAUACCAAGCAACAUUGACAAGAGCCUGUAUGUGGCAGAAUACCACAGCGAACCUGUAGAAGAUGAGAAACAGUAAGCAUGUGCGUAUGUAAAUGCCUUCCUGACUAGAGGAGUUGUGUUGGAUGAAAGAAGAGCUGGUGUGUCAAUGUUGCUGCAGGGAGAGGGGGAAACUGAUGUGCUGAAGAGGCUCUGAAUGUGAAAACAAGGGUUUGAAUGAGACUGUUGGUCCAAGGAGUUCUGGGGAUGUGGUGAAGCUGGAAGGGGAGGGUGAAGGAUUUUUAGUUGUUGGAAUUGAAAUGCUGACUGCAUGCUAAGGAGACCAAAAAUGAGGGAGAAAGGGGCAGGAGAAAUGAUGUUUGGAGAGGCUAGGAUGGCUACUGGCAGCCCAAGGAAUUCUUUUGUAUUGCUUAGCUGAAAUGAGAAAUCAGUGAGGGGCAGAGAGGAAGGUGGCCCUCAAAAAGGGGAGGAGAGAAAAUGGAUAGCUUUGGGAACAGAGCUCCAGCAGAAAUGCUGAAGUACCUCACCAGUUAGAGGGCACAGGCUCAGGCUGAAGGUGCUGCAUCUUCUGCAUCCUUUGGUUCAUGGAACUCUUGCAAAUGAACUUGCGAGUAGGUAGCAAAGCUGUAGUUCAUCUUUGCUGCCGCUCGAGGUCGUCUGCAUAGCUUUAGAAGAAAAUGAGGUUUCACCGUCAGAGACUCCUAAAUGUGCCCUUUCUGGCCAUUGUCCGAGGAAAAAACUGCCGGGGUGAGUCCUUUGACAAGAAGAAAACUCACCCUGGAUCGCAGUCAAGUAAAACAGCUUCAGGAUGAUGUUUGAUCUGGUUUUAGUUAAGAUGCUGUACAGUACAAGACCAAGCACUGUACAGUUCAGGUUGGAAAUUGUUCUCUUGUGUGCUCUUUUUGGAGAUUGUGAAUUAGAAAGAGAAACCUGACAAAGCUGCUGAAAUUCUUUUUGGGUGACAAAACCAGAAAGUGGCCGCAGAAGUGUUUUAACAGUAGCUAGCGUUCAAGUGCCCCUUCAUCCCUUCUGCGAGCUCAUUCCAGGGCAGCCCUAGCUGAUCCCACCGAGCUGACUUGCAGCCUCUGUUUUGCCUUCUCUGUGUUUCAUAAGUAAAUAACCUCACAAACCUAGGUGAUGAACUUGGAAAAGACUCUUGGCUGGCUUCCUUCCUUAAGGGGAAUGCUGUGACCUUGCCAGGGGAACUGUUUGCUGUUUCCUGAGGGACAGGAAGCCAGCAAGGUAGUUGUGCUCUGUAGGUACAGUAGGGCAUUAGCAGCACCUUUUUCUGCGAAGCUGUGGAUGGGGUUGAGCUGUUCAAAUGUCCUAUGUGUUUCCAGAGCUCCCACAUUGUUGGUGUGAUUCAUUACCUAGGGUCUGGGUUUGCAUAGAUUCGAUUUAACUGUGGGUGUUGUGGUUGUGUUUUUGGUCUGGUUUUGCAGGCCUUGAUUACGCAUGCCAGAAGGUGAAGCCCUUUGAUCCAGAUCUGUGACACAUCGUUUCUUUGGGGAUACCCUUCUCUUUGUGGGUUUUUCUUCGUCUUUUCAUUUCGGAACUAUGAAGACUAAAGAGUUCGGCCUUUUUUUCUUUUUAAAUUUGGCAGCAAGGAAGAAAGAAGAUAAAAGGAGGAAUGUCUUUUUGUUUUUCCACUUGUUUGCACUGUGUGCUGAUUGAACAUUAGUUGCACUAACUGCUGGUUUUAAAUUCUUUGUCUUUGGGUGGGAGGGGCAGCAAGGGAAGAAGAGAAACCCUGAAAAGAGAAGAACCGUGAUGAACAUGAGCUUGUCAGCUAUUUCAAAUUCUUCAACCAUCGACUGAGUGCAUUUCAACUUCUCCCUGGUUACUCAUCUGUUUUUAAGCUAAAGAGCUUGUUACUUAUUCGUGCAAAGUGCCUUAUGCUAUGAGACCAUUCAGAAUAUCACCUUUCCGACAGCCCAAGGAAUCGACAGCCGUUUUUGGUUUCAGGUCAAAGUUCCCCUCUCUUCCCCCUCUCUUCCUCCCCAAGUACUCAAGCCCAGGGCUGGGAGGUGAAUCGUAUUGGGAAUACUAGUUUUUUUUUUUCCUUCAACUUUAUUUUAUUUUUUUUUUUUCUUUAAUCGGAGGAGUUGAUAUGCAUCUGCAGUUCACCCACACUGUAAAUACCUGUAUUUAAAACGAAACCAACUUAAAAUCUGGGCUGAUUAGGUGCAGCAUCAUAGCUCCAGAAGGAAAGAGUAGCCUGUCAUCCUUUGCAGGAGCCAUAAGAAAAGCCCUAUGCUCUAGCAGAACACUACAGACUGGUUUCCAUAAGAGUCUUCAUUAGUAGUUACAGCACUUGAUACAUAGACUUGUUUCAGAGCCAUGGCCCUCUUUCCUCUGGCGCAGUGUGUCCCAUAGAAAAUCAGAUGUGUAUAUUGUACAAACUUUGUAAAUAUGAUUUUUUUUUUUCUUUUUCUGUUUGGGUUCAUAUAUAACUUUUUCUUUUGUGAUGAAGGUUGCUGGGGUUAAAGGGAUUAGACUGAUUAUGGGAGCAGCUUAUUGAUGAGAGGGGCUCAGUUUUCUGCAACACUAAACAAGGAGAAGCGCUCUGACCUCCGUGAAGAGCAGGCCUCUACAAGCGUCCCCCAUCAGGGUGGGUUUGCUCUGGUGCUAGCAACACUGUCCUGUACCGCUGAUAUGGAAGAGAUCACCUGUGGGACUCCCAAGCCUCUCGAUCUGUAGCUCAGCCUGCUGGGAGAUGCUCUUCGAUUUCCCCCUUGGAAACUUCUGGAACUUGACAAGCUCGGAAGGGGGCCGUGAUCUGUGUUCCACCGUGGCGUGAGGGAAAUCCAGCGGUGUCAGCGUUGCUGCGCAGUGUGUGUGUAAGGCGUGGAUUUGGGUUUAAGAGAAACUGUAGAAAACCAAUUUACAUGCAUAAACUGACAGUUCUGGAGCUUUGUGGGAUUGAUGACUUCCUGCAGCAUUGUGCAUUUUCUGCCCAGAGCGGCUUCUGUGCUUGGGAGCAGGUAAGCAGGUAACCCCUGUUAGUGUCAGAAGCUGCAGAAAGCUGCUUUCCAUCUCCUCUGUUUGGGCACGAAUCGCUGUCUGUCAUUUUGCAUUGUAUAUUGCUGAUGAGUGCUUUCUGGUCGAGUAGUGUUGAUUUAAAUUGUGCCCCUCCCAACAUGCUUGAUGUUUGGCCUGAUCUACAGGCAAAAGGAGUGAGACAAAUCAGAAACCGUACUCUUUUUAAAUUCCCUUUUAGCCUGUUCACCAAUGCUGUCAGGAGGCACCUGGAUGAAUGCAGUCCCUUUUGCUCGGUCGGUUGUCCGUGUCAGAUGCUGCGCUCGCACCACGCUCGCUGACCUCUGAGGCAGGAGGUAAUCGUCCUGCGUUCUCCUGUUUGGCCUUUGUUUCUUUUUUUAACUUUGAGCAAAGUAGUUUGGCACUUCCAGGCGGACGUGGCCACCUGUGUCCUGGAGGAUCAUAAGCAGAAGCCAGGUGCCUCCUGACAGCAGCUUUAUGAGACGGAAAGGUCUUUGCGUUUGGGAUUUUUUUUUCUUCUUUUUGUCAGCAGUGACUCCAUAAUUGUAGCAAAUGCUGCACUAGAGUACAAACUCGAGAGCUUGGUCACAGACACUCUGUGAGCCACACAGCUUACAUCUGACUGGCAGGUACUAAAUGUAAACAAUUUUGGGGUGCUUUUGGGGGGCAGGGGGUGGGAGUUUGUGGGUGGUAACUUUGACCAAAAGUAAAAUCUUGCUCUUGUACUGCAGCCAGCUUAUGAUUUUCCAGAGAGACAGAAGAGGGAUUGUUUUAGUGCGAAAAAAGACGUGAAAACUGUAAAUACAAGUUGUGUAUCUUGCCAGGGCACGCACAUGUAACAAGAACAGGAUAGCGAUGUCAAGUGAGAUGUGUGUGCUCUGCUGGGAUUUGUGGUAGGUUAGCCUGGUGCCAUGCGUUGCUGGUCACUCUGGAAGCACAGAACUCCUGAAAGUAUUACUUUAAACUUCAAUGCCUCUCGGUGAGGAUUGGCACUUAGCGAAACUAUCGGGGGCACCAUUUUUAGGUGGCUUCUGGUCAUGAAAGAAGCAGCCUAUCUGUGGUGCUAGUAGGCCAUCUCUAACAGAUGCUAUCUUGCAGAUGGAAAGAUGCUCCAAAGGACUAGGAUAAUCCUAGCUUUUUUUUUUUUUUUUUUCCUUCUUUUUGGGUGGGUGGGGGGCUGUUGCUUUUUUUUGGUUUUGGUUACUGUUUUGUCCCCCUACCCACGAGUGAGGAGCUAAAUCUUGGCCUCCUGAGAUUACUUGCAAGUGAUCUCCUGUUUUUGCUGGUCACAUACCAGCCUUUAUGUUUCUGCAUUACUUGGAGCCCACAGCGAUGAGCCCCAGGUCAGACAUUUCCUCUCACAAAGCUGACGUGAAUGCGAAUCUGACGGAUUCUGCACUUUUCCCCUUGGAAGUCCAAAUGCUCUGAAUUUGGAUGAAAUGGAGCUUGCCGCUGGGUGAGGCAGCCAUGCAGGGGGUGACACUCAUCUUCAGCCAGCUUCCUGGGGAGAAACGGCAGGCUGCUCUCUGGGUCUGCACCGUCAGGAGUGCACCGCAGUUGCUAGAGGGCUUGUCCCAAAGGGAGGGGGGGUGGGUUGGUGUCAAAUACAUGUUUCAGUUUCCAGAAUGAGAUGGGAGCAUCUUUCCUUUGCCCUCUGUGACUUUAAGUGUGGGUAAGAACAGGGAAGCUCAACAUGAGUUCAUGUUGCAUAUGUGUUGGUAUCAAAUCAUCUCAUUCUGAUGUUUUGUUCUUUAUUUUUACUUGGGAUGGGGGGGUGUCUGCUCCAAGGAUUUAAAAAUGCUUCUUUAAAAAUGCACGUGUCUGGCUGGGUUUGUUGGUUUUGAUCCAACUGACGGGACACAAACCUGAGCAGCAGCUGUUGUAGAAGGUCACGGAGGGGCUGUGCCAUGUCCCUCACGCUGCCAUUGCGGUGGUUCUCCCGAUGCUGGGCUCUGCAAUGCCGCUGGGGCCAAGCAGCUGCUGUUUUCUGAGGACAAAGUGCAUUUUGUUCCCAGGAACUCCAGCAGUAUGGCCACCAUGGUCAAGGUUGGGCAGCAGCAGUUGGUGUGGGGAGUUCUCCGAUUGCUGUGAACUUUGGGUCCAUCUUUUGUGAAUCACACUUGAUCUUUGUUGUAAACUAGGUCUCUGGACCAAAGAGUGUGCCUCUGACCUUCAGUAUGAGGUUAUCAGGUUAUCAGGUUAUCUGACAACCUGAUAACCUUUAUCAGGUUAUCUGACAGGUUGUGCUUGGGUCACUGUUGUGUUGCUGAAGUGUCCCUGCAUGGAAGCAUUGUUAAAUUCUGCUGUAGACAAGUUUGGGAAGGGUAAGGAGGGGUGGGGGGGAGGGAUGGGCUUAUUAAGAUACAGUCUUGCUGUAUUUUAACCAAUGAUUAUGGGGAGGGGGUGUCAGGAGAAGAAAAUAGUCGCUGUUCCCUUUAUUGAAAGAAACUGGAACUUUUAUUUCAAGCAAAGAAAUUAUUUGCAGUUCAGGUGGAAUAUCAUAAUCCACCGGUCCCUAGUCAAGAGGUUGGUAAUUCUUAUUGUUAACCAGCAAACACCAUGGACUAGUCCUUGAAAACGUUCAGGGGUGGGAGGGGAAAAUUGGCUUUCUGUUCAAUUGGUAAUUGGCAAACUCUCCAGUGGAGCUCAGAUUUUGUUGAGGAUGUAUUCUUUCUGGCUGUAUGUGCGCUGCAGCGCUGCCUCGUGAAGAGCUUCGCGAGUUCCCAGUGCAAAAAUGAUGAAUGGUAAAAUCCUGAUUUUGUUGAUUAAUCUCAAUAAAAGCUCCCUGGAACUCC